GGAGACAGCCUGACACAUCUCUUUCAUAUCAAUAUAAAUGAAAUCUCAUAAUUAUUGUAACUAUAGUUUAUGUAUUGAAUCUCAACAAGACAUCAAUCAAUAUUAUUUGCCUUUAUUAAUAAUAUAUAGAGGAUCUUACGUUCUGCUACAUAUAAACUAGAAAUACGAGUUGACGAAAUGAAACAAAAGGACUAACUAAACAUAUAUUAGUUGUCACUAAACUUGUAACUCUAAAAUAAGUUUAUUUUUCUUUAUCAUUUCCUUUCUCUCUCUCUUCUCCUUAUCUCCUAUAAAAUCUUAACCUUAUCACAUUCCACUUACCAUAAAAAUUCACCAACUAUCUCUCUUCUAAUCACAUAAACCCUAAUUUUCUUGUUUCUACAAAACUAUAUAUGGAAAUUGAAGCUACUACUGUUCAGAAAAGAAGAAGCAUACCAACAAUAGCCAUGCACAAGCAGUCAAGAACACUAACCAAAUCUAAACCUAAGAUCCGCAUCAUCCACAUAUUCGCACCGGAGAUCAUUAAGACCGACGUCUCUAACUUCAGGAAAAUCGUCCAGAAUCUCACCGGAAAACAAGAUCAUGACCACGACCUCCCUCACCAAAAGGGCCUAAAAAGAAACCCUAGAUCUAGAGGAAGUCAUGAUCAUGAUGAUCAUCAUCAAGUCCAUCACAUGAACAAGAGAUUCUGCACAAACUCAGAAGUAGAAGACGAAGAAGAAGUAGGGAUGGUGUCGAUGACGUGGAACGGAAAUGGCGGUGAGAGCUCCGGUGGGUUCUUCAACGGGUUAGGGGAUUUCGGCGGCUUCAUUCAGGAGCUAGAUGAAUUCCCUUAUUUACCCUUCACCAUUGACCCUGCUGUUGCUUCUUCCGCCCACUUACAUGGCAACGUUUUCGCAGAACCUAACCAUUAUGCCUAAAUCAUCUUUUUUUUUUUUCAUCGCC